GUCCGUAUCCCGAACCUUAUCUGUUUAUCAAUGACGAUUCUGGAAUCCACGCAAUUGAUUUGCUAACUGAUGAUAAAACUGUCGUUAUUCCUGGCCUUAAAAAGAAUUACGGGAUGGCAAUUGACAAAGCGGAAAUGAAAAUAUACUUCAGAAACGGCAACAGUAUAUCCAGAGCAAACUUUGAUGGCAGCGGUGUUGAAAUUUUUUUGAAAAAUGUAGAAGUUUGGAAAAUAACAAUUGACUGGAUAGAGCGCAAAAUGAUCUGGGUGUCUCAGGCCCCAGAUUCGCGGGUCUACGUAAUGUAUUUAGACGGAAAAGGGAAAAGUGUGGUGACAAAAGCAAGGUUUUAUAACGAGGAUAUAGCAGUGGAUCCGACAGUGGG